GAGAGCGAGCGAGUGAGCGAGAGAGAGAGGAAUGCGUCGCUAAUGAGUAAACGGACCAUCGCCCGAGCACGAAAGAGCGGACAACGGAAAGGGGGAAAGGAGGAAAAACGGAGAAAUGUUUUAAACAAAAAAAAAAAGAGCAGUAAGGGGAGGUGGAGAACGAAGAAAACCGUCAUAUAUAUUAAUUGGAAGGAUUACAAUUACCCUAUACUGGUGAAUAGAAUCCAACUAGGAUUUUUAAUGCUGCCCUCACGGAGAAUUGAGCUAACGGACUUACUGGUCUUCUGAACCAUGCAGCGGCUUUUGCUCCUGAGUUUGGCGUUGAGUUUUCACCGUGUGUGGACAGCGCGUUUCUCCCAGGAGCCAGCGGACCAGUCGGUGGUGCUGGGCCAGAGGGUGAUUCUGUCCUGUGUUGUGUUUAACUACUCGGGCAUUGUGCAGUGGACCAAGGAUGGACUGGCCCUGGGCAUCGGAGAGGACCUCAGGGCCUGGCCGAGGUACCGUGUGUUGCGGGUGCAGGAGCUGGGCCAGUAUAACCUGGAGAUCAUCUCAGCUGAGCUGUCUGAUGACUCCCUGUACGAGUGUCAGGCCCCAGACGCUGCGCUACGUUCUAGAAGAGCCAAACUCACCGUCCUCAUCCCCCCAGAUGACCCAGUGAUAGACGGGGCCCCUGAGGUGCUGCUGAAUGCAGGGGACCACUAUAACCUGAGCUGUGUGUCCCGCGGGGCCAAGCCCCCUGCCAUGAUAGAGUGGCAGAAAGAUGGGAUCCCUGUAGAUGGAGCAGUCAGCACCACCGAGGUGCUCCCGGACAGGAAGAGGGUGACGACCCACAGCUUCCUGCCCAUCCACCCAGUGGACAUAGACACAGGGAGGAACUACAGCUGUGUGGCCAGUAACCUGGCUAUCCCCGCCGGGAAACGCACCACCGUCACCCUCAACGUACACCACCCCCCCACGGUGACACUGUCCAUCGAGCCUCGCUCCGUCUUAGAGGGGGACAGAGUUACCUUCACCUGCGCUGCCUCCGCCAACCCUCCUAUCAUGGGAUACAUGUGGGCUAAAGGUGGAGUGAUCCUGCAGGGAGCCAGAGAGAGUGUGUUCACCACCAAAGCUGACCAUUCCUUCUUCACUGAGCCAGUGUCCUGCUCAGUGUUCAACGCCGUGGGCAAAACCAACGUCAGCAUCCUGGUCGAUGUACACUUUGGUCCUUUUCUGGUAGUGGAGCCCAGACCAGUGACAGUGGACAUAGACUCUGAUGUCACUCUGAACUGCAAAUGGGCCGGCAACCCUCCUCUAACACUUACCUGGACUAAGAAGGGCUCCAAUAUGGUCCUUAGUAAUAACAACCAGCUGUUCCUGAAGUCAGUGAGCCAGGCGGACGCUGGGCAGUACGUGUGUAAGGCCAUCGUCCCCAGGAUCGGAGUGGGAGAGACAGAGGUCAUGCUCACUGUCAACGGUCCCCCCAUCAUCUCCAGUGAGCCCGUCCAGUAUGCGGUGAGGGGGGAGAGUGGAGAGGUCAAAUGCUACAUCGCCAGCACACCUCCACCGGACAAGAUUGUAUGGGCAUGGAAGGAGAACGUGUGGGAGAAGGAGAAGGGGACUCUGUUGGAGAGGUACACGGUGGAGCAGAGUAAACCUCUGUCUGAGGGAGGGGCUGUCCUCUCCACCCUCACCAUCAACAACGUCAUGGAGGCUGACUUCCUGUCCACCUACAACUGUACUGCCUGGAACGCCUUCGGACCCGGGACCAUGAUCAUCACCCUGGAUGAGACUGAGGAGGUCCCAGUGGGUAUAAUAGCAGGAGGGACUGUUGGCUGCACCAUCCUGCUGUUCCUGUGUUUACUAGUCCUGGUGCUCAUCUUCUACCGGCAGCACAAAGGCAGUCGUCGCGGGGUCACGCUGGGUAAGCCAGACAUCAAGGUAGAGACAAUAAACAAGGAGACCCACAGUCUGGAGGAGGACUCCGGCAGUGUUUCCACGGCAUCACGCAUGGUCAAGGCCAUGUACUCGCCCUUUAAAGACGAUAUAGAACUGAAACAGGACCUACGCAGCGACACUCUAGACACACGCCAGGAGUACGACCUUAAGGAUCCCACCAAUGGCUACUACAAUGUGCGAGCCUCCACCCACGACGAGGGCCGUCCCGCCUCCCGCUCCAUGCACUACUCCGACUACCGGCCCUCCAACACCCCAGGGGGCGCUGCCUCCAUAAGUAGCAGUGUUGGAGGAUCAGGGGCCACGGCCAGUGGAGGAGGCCCUCCAGGCCCAGGGCCCCUCAACACCCCUGGCCGCCCCAGCUGCUACGACCCCCGCCCCCCCUCCAGACUGUCCCAUAACAGCUAUGCUCAGUUUAACACAUUCACCCGGGCUGGGCAGAGCCAGCCGCCCCCUCCCAACCCCCCGCCGCAGACCAGCGACUUCCCUGGGGACUGCAGCCUGUUGGACUCCUCUCAACUGGCAUACGACAACUACGGCUAUCCCUCUCACCCCUAUACCCCCUACCGCAUGGGAUUCGCCCCGCCCACUCUGGCUCCCUUGGAAGCCGGGCCGUCCUAUGAGAUGUACGGGGUGGGGCCGGGGGUGGGCCCUGUGCCAGGGGUGGGGCCUGGUGUGGGGGUGGGACCUGGGGCAGCUCCGUCAGGGUCAGAGACUGGACUGGGGAAGUAUGGAAGCUCGACCCGCUUCUCCUAUACCUCGCAGCAUUCUGACUACGGCCACAGAGGGCACACACAGAGGAUGCAGACACAUGUGUGAGAUACAGUUCAUUCUCACGUAGAGGGUGAGGGUGCAUUCUCAUACACACUGUCACUCAGACGCACGCACACAUUUGCAUUCUCAAACAUACACACACAAACACACUUGAGCGUUCACAGACACACACACUGCGACACACAUGCAGACAGACACACACACACACACACACACACACACACACACACACACACACACACACACACACACACACACACACACACACACACACACACACACACACACACACACACACACACACACACACACACACACACAGGAGUUAAGAUUUGCCCACGAGACAGGGAGGGUAUGAGAAAGAGAGAUAGUCCAGAUCAGUGGAAAAUAGAGAGUAUCCCAAUGAGACAGAGGGGAAUUCCUUGUAAUCAGAAUUCCAACACUCCCAGUGUUCAAUUCUUCGCUCUGAAAGAGCAGAAAGCGAAAGUCACAAUCAAGACCAGAGAAAAUAGGACUAGAGAGAACAAGAGAUCUUUAGAUCUUAAUUGUCAAAAUGAAUAGCAGAAGUGCUAUGAAUUUAGACUGUAAUGAGUGACGAGAGGGAGGGGUGUUACAGGCAAUUUAUUCCAUAUACGAUUGCCAAAUAUUAAAGUAAGGCAUAUCAUGGAGAAAUUGACCAUCAAAUAUGGUACUCGUUCGUUGGGCGGGAGAAACCUCAACCAAUGAGGAGUAAUGACUGUCCGCCAUUUUGUUUUAGCUGGUUGUUGUUUUAUACAGUGAUCUUAGAGCACAUAUAUAUCCCAGAAUGCUUUACUUCAUUGGCGCCAUUGGUGCUGGUUAGUGGGGCCAUGGUACAUUUUGCACUGCAUUACAAACAGUAUUCAUUGCUUAGACAUCCGUUAUCUAUAUCUAUAGCUGUAUUAUAUAUAUGUCUGUUUUUAUUUGCACACCAACAAACUAGAGCUUUGUAUUCUAUUUUUUAACAUUUUACUGAAUUAUUUUUGUCAUAUUUCUGUGAAGGAGGUGUCUGUGGACCAAAAUGUUCUAACUUGAGAGGGUUUAGUAUUUGUUUGGGUGAUAUUCACCCCAACAAACAAAGAGAAACAUGAAGAAGUAUUUGUGGACCUGUUUCUGUCAGCCUUGAUGACUGGCAGAAUUCAGGAAGGGGGAGUAUAUACAGGAACCUUUUUACCAAGUGUCCAUGUUGCUCUUUAUUUUGAUGUAAAUCUUGGGUUACAAGCAUUUAUGCAGUAGAUAGCAUGCAGGAGGUCCUUAUAUUGGCAGGUGUUGUGUGUUGCUAGGCCUACCAAGGGUUUAGGUAUUGAGGCAGUUCCAGGCAUAUGGAACUAUAAGCCUGGUAGCCUGGGAUCCAAACUGAAAUCACUUUGUUACACCAUUUAUAUGAAUAUACUACAUAAUUGAUACGAUGAAACAUAGCAAAUUCAGCUUGGAUCCAGGCUAUAAGCCUUAGCCUGGUGUCCCCUGCUGAAAUAGAAAGAGGUGAUGUGGUAGCCUGGUCCCAGGUCUAUUUGUGCUGUCUUGCCUACUCCUGUGGUCAUUGUCACACUUGCGAACAAACAGAGCUGGGACCAUGGCUAGUGAGAUGGUGUGUGCAAAGGUUUAGAACAGAGUGGCCUUAGGGAACAUGUGGUAAACGCUUUCAUUACUCAUACACAAUCAGCCAUGAUGACGAGGCCUGAGGAGAAUGUGUAUCGAAAGGGGCAAUGAAGGUUUUUCUACAGUAUUGACAUAUAGUGUUGUGUGAUUGUGUGAAUGUGUAUGGGUGAAAGAAAGAAUGAGCAAAAGGGAGAGAGAGAGAGAGUGUGUGUGUGUGUGCACAUCUAUUUGUACAGUGUUUGUAUAGAUGUGUGAAUGGCUGUGUGUGUAUGUAACACAUAGACACACCGUACUCUACCUGUGUGUGUGCGUGAAUAUUGUAUGCGUGUGUGUAUGUCUGUAUGUGUUUAUGUGUGAGUGUUUUAGUAAUACAGCAUUUCCCAAACUCGGUCCUGGGGCGGAUGUUUGGGUUUUUGCCCUAGUACUACACAACUGAUUCAAAUAACCAACUCAUCAUCAAGCUUUGAUUAUUUGAAUCAGCUGUGUAGUGUUAGGUGCAAAAACCAAAACGUGCACCCUUUGGGGUCCCGAGGACCGAGUUUGGAAAACGCUGCAUUAAUCUGUCCAUAUCAUUUCUCUUCGCAAUCCUGUUCCAAUACUUGUAUACCUCUGGUAGGACUGUAUCCUGUAUUAUUGUGUCUUUGAAUUUAGAAAUACAAUGUUUAUCUUAUUGUACUGUUCAACGUAGCAGAGAAAAACUGUUCAAAAGAUGUACAACAAAAAUCACAUUUUCAUUUUUUAAGUUCAUUAUCUCCAAUAUUUUUUAAAAAUGGUAUGUAAUUAUUUUUCCACAGUAUUACAGAAAUAAAAAGCACUGUUUUUUAUAAAAUUAA